GUGGAAUAUCCCGUCUUCAGUUCAGUGGAGUUCACCAAAGAGUAGGGAUGGGAAGAGGGACGUUGAGGCAAUACUACGCCUGUACCAUCAGCCAGCUUUCGGUGAUGGUAGUAGGCGUGGCUUAUUGCUGGUUCGAGCCAAUCACGAUCCGGCUCGCAAACGACCCCGACCUGGGCUUCAGCGCUGAUGACGUAUCCUGGUUGAUUUCCAUCAUGGAGAUCGGCUGUUUGAUCAGUCCGUUAGUGUCAGGCGAUCUGACUAACAGGAUUGGCCGAAAGUACGUGAUCUUAAGCAUAGGCCCUCUCUGCCUAGUGGGAUGGAUUUUGGUACUCUUCUCCAAGACGAUGGUGUCUCUUGUGAUAGUCCGGAUUCUGCAUGGUCUGGCGACGGGAGUCGCCUUCACCAUCACGCCAAUCUACACCGCAGAAGUCGCAGAACCCAAAUUAAGAGGGAGGCUAUCGGGAACCUUCCAAACCACAUGGUACAUGGGGACACUGUAUGCAUUCUCCAUCGGUCCAUACUUCAGCUAUGAUGUAUACACCUAUAUCUGUAUUCCUCUUCCAAUAUUAUUCACCAUAGUAUGGAUGAUGAUGCCUGAGACUCCUUACUAUCUGUUAAUGUCAAAACGAGAAGACGAAGCAAGAAAAGUACUAAAAUAUUUCAGAGAUGGUGAUGAUAUCGAAAAAGAACUCGAGGAUAUGCAGAAAGCAGUAAAAGAAGAGAUGGCUGUCGAAGGUUCUUGGAAGAUACUCUUCACCGACAAGACCGAGAGAAAAGCUUUCAUAAUCGUACAAAUCGUCUCUAUCACCAAGUUCCUCACUGGGAUGCCAGUCAUUGUGAACUACGCUUUGGACACUUUCACCAGGAGUGAAACGUUCCUCUCAGCUGAAGUAAUGUCCAUUAUACUCGCUGUACUCCUCACCUUGAUCGCUGUGAUUUCCGCCUUCAUGUCCGACUGGAUAGGUCGAAAACCAUUGUUGCUGGUGUCUUGCUUCGGUUGCUUCGUCGCUCACUUCCUCACUGGAGGAUAUUACUACAUCCACGAGAAGACAACCCUUGAAGGCGGAAACUACACUUGGGCGCUCUAUGUCGGAUUGGUAAUGUACUGCUUCUUCUCCGACAUCGGACUAGGACCAUUACUGCAAACUCUUCAAUCCGAAAUGUUCGGGGCAAGUACAAGAGGAGUCGCAGGCGGUAUCACAGAAGGUUUUGCAGCUUUCUUGUGCUUCGUAGUACUCAAGCUGUACACCCCUGUAAACGAGGUUUUUGGAGUUUACAUGAAUUUUUGGUUCUACAGCUUUACUGGAUUAAUAGGAGGGCUUCUUUUGGUUUGGCUUAUGUACGAAACAGCUGGAAAGACAAUCGGUCAAAUGGAGGAUUCACCAAAGAAAAACGUACUGGCUUGAAUGGAAAUU